CAAGCAAGACUCGGAGUAGACUUACGAAUUUCGAAGGUCUGGAUGACCACUUGUGCCCAAGAUAUCAUAUAAACGAUUAGCGCCGCCGUCAGCGCAUGAACGCCAUUCGGAGGCGGCCCAGAGGGUCUUUAACAGGCUAACACUAAAAGGUUGAUUCAGAAUGAUGAGUGCGCGGGGGAUAUCAAGGUCUUUGGAAGCUCGCGGGUCCAAGAAUUGGGUGCACCAUUCUACGAUCAUGGCGGUAGAGGAGGUUGGCUAAAUCCAAGGCUGUUCGAGUCCAUAGCAGUUGAUUCCCCAUAACCUACACCGGGAAAUUUACAACGAGCCGAACCAGACUCAAUCGACUCGGAGCAUCGCGGCGAUGUCAGACACAAGUUCCCUCGAGCAAAGCAACGAGCACAUGCUCCAGUCAGCACUGGCGACUGCCUUCCAGUCCACAGACAUCGCGCCUAAAUCUGGUGCUGCUGCUGCCCCGGCCGCUCCUGCAUCACUCUCAGAUGCACCUACAGUAACUUUGGAGGUACAAGAAGAUUCUGAAACAGCCGAAGAGGACGCAUGGAAGGGAGAAUAUGAGGCUCAGGUAGAGGAAUGGCGUGCUCAGUCAGCCGAAGCUCGUGCUAAAGCGGAGCGCGAGCGUGCACGGUGGGAGCAGAUUAGGAAACGCGAAGCAGAAGAACGGCAAGCACUUGGCCAGGAGCCAGAAAACUGGGAUGCAUUGGGCUCCCAUAUUACGUCCUCAUUCGCCGCUGCAAGCGAGGUAUUGGCUUCUUCGUCUCCCUCCCUAGCCUCGACCUCCCUUACGGAUUCUGGGCAUCUUGUUGAUGAACCAAAGGGCCCGUCGAGUCAUUUACACGCCCCUCAACAUCUUAAGAUGGAUAGUGGGUCUCCGUCACAGAAAUGGGAACAUAUAGAUUCGUCUCCCACUUCUUCCUAUCCAUCUAUGUCGUUUCCCGAGACAUCUAUUCCAUCAUCACCGUCUCCGCCGCAUGUUGCACUUCAACAAACGACAGGGCGUUGUCAACCUCAGGAGCAACAUUCUGCAGGACGCAAGCCUUCCAACGUGCCACCCUCCACCAUCCCAUCCUUACUUGACAGCUCAAUCGCAUCACGGACACGAAUGAAUUUGCUGCUUUCUUCUCUUGCGAUCAAUCUAUUCCUUCCUUUUGUGAACGGGGUGAUGCUAGGCUUUGGAGAAAUAUUUGCCAAGAACGUCCUAGUGGGGUGGAUGGGGUGGAAGUCGCAGAGCGGUCGCACUGCUACGAAUGUUGGUGUUCGGAGAUGAUCUCCGUCUUGGUAGUGUGCAUACCCACCAUGUACUGAUCAUUGGAAGAAUCACAAUGUUCUUGAAUAUAUACACUUGAUGGAUUUUCAUACAAGCAGUCCCAAAAACGUUUCUUGUAUUUCAUCGCGCCCACCAUAUUACUCUGGCUUGUGUGGAUGUGCUUUGAUCUGGUACAUUCGGAAGUAUCGUUGCGGCCUAGUUGCUUCUUCGCAAGACGUGUUCUGGAAGCACUUGAUCUUUGUGACUCGGGCGUGGAAUGGUGCACCUCAAGCCUACAAUCUAACCUCACGUCUUUCGCGUUUACAUCAUUCACACUAACCUUUUAGUGCCAGAUUC